AAUUGGGCAUUUAAUUGGGCUUGGCAUGUGGCUCAGGAUGACCAAAGUGGUUACCAUUCUUCAGAACUCUAGGGAGGGAGCCUAUUCAAGUGGGGGUCCCUGAGACCAUCACACCUGGGCUAUUCCUGUCUCUGGUGGUCAGUCUCCAUGUGUGCUGGCUUUGUGCCCCUGGAGCUUAUGCAGUCAGCAUACCUAGUUGGUCAUUUGCUCUAGUCAAUUUAAAUGUUACAAAGAGAUGAAAAGUAUCUUAAAACUGAUUUCAUUCAUUCUUUCUUCAGAAAUGUCCGCUCGAGAUAUGGUGAAUCCACCAAAACCCUAUAAAGAGGUAUUUGAAGCAGCACAGGCAGGCCACGAUCUGUAUAUUGUAUCUCACAAUGAUUAUUUUGCGGGAGAAGCAAAGAACCGGAAGUAUAACCCAUCAAGUUUUCAUAGAUUUAACUUGUAUGGGAUCCCAACACCACAUUUUAAUGAUGGACGAAACAUGGCAAAAACUUUACAUUGGCUUCAUGAACUACAAAUGAAAAGAGGAGCUAAGAUUGUAUCCAAGAGAGUUGAUGAUUUCAAAGAAAAGUUUCAACAUAGACUUGGAAGAGUUUUAGAUCCAAUUGCGGAAACAAUGAAUGUUCCCCCAGACCACACAUUUGGGGCUUGUCUCCGUCCUGAGGACUACGGAGUUGGUGAUCUCAUCCACAGAAGGCUUCCAGGGGAGUAUCUCCGAGGCAAGGACAGACAGCGAGCCCUGGUAUCGGCAGUGCGGCAUCACUUGAAGAAAGUUAACUACCAAAACUUUGACACUCUGCUGGCAGCCUUCAGGCACUAUGACAAGAAGGGAGAUGGGGUGAUAGACAAAGCUGAGCUUCAGGAGGCGUGUGACCAGGCCAGCUUGCACUUAGACGAGAAGCUCCUGGACCAGCUAUUUGAAUACUGUGAUGUGGAUAAUGAUGGGCUGAUUAACUACCUCGAAUUUGCGAAUUUUCUUACCUGGAAAGAUAAAACCCCCCUUAAAGAAUAUGAAGAGAGGGUCCUCAUUAAAGGUAGAAAACCGGAUUGUGCAAACCCUGAUGAGGCUAAUGUAGAAGAAUCUGAACCAGCUCUCCUGUUAAAGCCUGAAGAUAUUGUCUUAAAAGAACCAGGGAGCUCAGAAAAGACUCUGCGGACACUUCUGAGGCCAAGCGAUAAAGUUUCUAAUCACUACAAGACGACUUCUUCCGAGAUCAGUGCGGUUGUAGGCGCUGUUCCUUCUACUUGUUACCCCAUGUGUGGUGUUCCAACCAUUCGGUCCGAUAUUCCUGCCCCCCAAAUUCGCCGAGUCAGUGACAGGACCAGUUACGGUGAGGAGGGAAAUGCCUACUCGCUGCUGCAUCCUACCAUCUUUGCCCAGAAAGGGGUGUUUGAAAGGGACUUCUUCAAGACCAGAUCCAAACAAGAGAUUUCAGAGAUAUUAUGUAACAUUGGUGUCAAGCUUUCUGAGGAUGAAUUUGAAAAUGUAUGGAAUCUUGCAUCAAAAAAACACCACAGAGGAGAAGUUUGUGUUGAGAGCAUCAGAAAUGUUCUGGAUGAGUUAAAACAUGCAGAUCGAACCAAGUGUAAAACGGCCACAUGAUCUUUGUGGAGUUCAUUCAUCUAGAUUGAAGAAUUGCUAAAUCUGUGUUCACCUAAUAUGUUCAGUCCAUUCUGGUUUUAGAUAUUAUAAUUCAGCAAUCACUGUGGUAGGGCUCAUAUGCCUGGAUGCAUUGCUAAUAAAUUCGAUUUUGAAUUUUAAA